AUGCAGCACACAACUCCAUGGAAGAGACGAAGUCUCAUUUCCCUCAUUCCUAUAUUGGCUUUCCUGAUAUGCCCAGUCUUCGGAGAACCAGUCUGCGAAGCUUCUUCCUUCCAAAAUCUGGAGCUGCCAGGCGGCGAAAUUCUCAACGUUGCUACAAAAACACACACGAACUUAUCAUUCCAAGCGCCCGCGGAGCAGAACCAUUACGCCACUGCCGUGACCGAUCUGAACGCUUGUGAAGUGAUCAUCACGUACACGCAUCCCGGCUCCAAUGACACUAUCCACACGGUCGUUUGGCUACCCUCGCCUGAGAAGUGGACAGGAAGACUCUUGGGCGCCGGUGGUGGAGGAUGGGCUGCGGGACCCGACACCAACACCACACUCCCAUGGGCGGCCAGUGAGGGUUUCGUUACCGUCGCGACAGACGGAGGUCACAUCGGGCAGGAUAUCAGCUGGUCGCUCACUAACUCUGGCAAGGUCGACUGGGUGUUGCUAGAAGACCUUGCCUCAAUCUCUUUAGAUGAUGCUGCGACGCUGGCAAAGGCGGUCACUCAUUCUUACUAUGGCAAAGCACCGAGCUAUAGCUAUUGGAAUGGAUGUUCGCAGGGUGGCAGACAAGGUUACAUGAUGGCACAGAAGUAUCCCAAUCAGUAUGAUGGUAUCUUGGCGGCUGCACCAGCUAUUUACUGGAACGAGUUGAUGAUGCAACUCUUCUGGCCGCAGGUUGUCAUGAACGAGAAUGGGUUUCCGACUCCGCAGGAAUUUGAGGCUCUCAACGUUGCUGUUGCCGAAGCCUGCGAUGGUCUCGAUGGUCUGGAGGACGGCAUCAUAUUGGCACCUCAAGAAUGCACCUUUGACCCAAUGACUGUCGUCGGCAAACAAUACAUCUGUCCCUCUACCAACCAGAGCAUGACCAUCACGAAUUCCCUUGCCAAGGUAGCCAAGUUGAUAUGGCAAGGCGCAACAACUCCCGAAGGCGACUUCCUGUGGUACCCCGGCAACAUCGGGGCUUCAUUCGCUGGCCUCGCAUCAACAACAUGCAGCAAGAACAAUACAUGCGUUGGCGUACCGUUUGCCGUACCUCAAACCUGGAUUACCGACUUUGUCAUCCGCGACCGCGAAUACGACACCGCACGAAUGAACAUCACGUAUUUCGAGCAGCUUUUCCAUGAUGCUGUAGCCCGCUACGACUCUGUUAUCGGAACCGCAAACACAGAUCUCGACGGGUUUCGGAAAGCAGGUGGCAAGCUCCUUUCGUGGCAUGGGUUGGCCGAUCAGGCUAUCGCGCCUGAUGCGACUGCGCAUUAUGCGCAGGAGGUGCAUGAGCGUGAUCCGAAUUCCAGUGAUUACUAUCGCUACUUUGAGGCGCCUGGUGUGGAUCACUGCGGCGGUGGGCUGGGUUGGUAUCCUGGCAAUGGUCUUAAAACCCUCAUCGAUUGGGUAGAAAAGGGCGUGGCACCUGAGAUGCUGGAAGCGGAGACUACGCAGGGUAGGAAGGCGCAGCUUUGCUUAUGGCCCAAGCAUAUGGUAUACGUUGGAGGCGAACCUGAUCAGGCGGCUUCGUUUGCAUGUCGAUAG